GAAGACGACUCUCUCUCGCGGCGUCUCGCAGCUGCGCGCGCGCUCUCUCUCUCUCGCAAGACGGAGAAACGAGAAUUUUUAGAACUUAAGCCGGCCGCUUGCCCCUCCGUGCCAUUGGAGAGAGAUGACAAGCAUUCUCAUAGGCUGAGGCGGGCCCCUGAGAGCGCGCGCGCGCGCACACCCGCCUGCUUGCCUUGACGAGAGCGCGCGUGCUCCUAUUACGCGUCUUCCGCCUCCUCCUCUCCGUCCCUCCCCUCCUUUUCCCCGACCGGAGCGCCCUCCUCCUCCUCCUCCCGCUCCCGGACUGAGGCGAACGUGUGAGCAGCAGCGAUGGCGGCCGCGGGGGCUCUGGCCAAGCACGACCAGAUCCUGGUGCUCGAUCCGCCCACCGACCUCAAAUUCAAAGGUCCCUUCACAGAUGUAGUCACUACAAAUCUUAAACUUCGAAACCCAUCAGACAGAAAAGUAUGUUUUAAAGUGAAGACCACAGCACCUCGUCGAUACUGUGUGAGGCCAAACAGUGGAAUUAUUGACCCAGGAUCUGCUGUAACUGUAUCAGUGAUGUUACAACCCUUUGACUAUGAUCCAAAUGAAAAAAGUAAACACAAGUUUAUGGUACAGACAAUCUUUGCGCCAUCAAAUAUCACUGAUAUGGAAGCUGUGUGGAAGGAUGCAAAACCCGAGGAUUUAAUGGAUUCCAAAUUGAGAUGUGUAUUUGAAAUGCCUAAUGAAAAUGAUAAGCUGGCUUUACCUUCAGGAUCUUUGUACAUAACUACAGCCAGCACCAACAUUCUUCAGACAGCUGCAGAUUUUAGCCAGAAGAUUGACAUGAUGGAGCAAGGCAGUGAGGUCAAACACAAGAUGAAUCAGAAUGACAUAGAUGCAAGCAAAUCUGCUCCAAUACUGAACACAAGUAAGCAGGAUGGGCCAAUGGCAAAACCACAUAGCAUUUCACUUAACGACACUGAAACAAGAAAGCUAGUGGAGGAAUGCAAAAGACUUCAGGCGGAUUUGGUGAAACUAUCGGAGGAAAAUAGGCACCUGAGAGAUGAAGGUUUGAGGCUGAGAAAGGUGGCACACUCAGACAAACCUGGACCAUCAGGCUUGGCCUUCCGGGAUAAUGGCUCCAACCCUCUUCCCUCACUUCUUGUUGUAAUUGCAGCCCUUUUCAUUGGAUUCUUUUUAGGGAAAUUCAUCGUGUAGAAAGGGAGAAAGAAAGAAGCAUGCAGAACGCAGCUUCCUUUUUUUCUUGGCCAGAAAAAAAAUGUAUUUACCUACCACUUCAUUGGUAGUAUGGCCCAGGUGACCAUUUUUGUGUACAGCAUCAUAUAGGCUUGGCCUCUAAUGAUCUUGCACGGUUAGACAACACAAUAAAAAGACAAACUGUUCGGCUGCUGGACAAAAUUGUAUAUUAAUUCAUCUAUAGCAGGUGUCAGUUGCACAUUCAGUCCUUUAUGAAAACUCAUAAAUAAAGAAUUGUUAUUUCUUUCUGUGGUUUUACUAAGAGUUAAAAAUUGUUCAAAGUCUUGUAAAUGUUAUUUUAAUAAUCCUUCUAAAAAUUUAUCUGUUGCUCUUGCCUCCUGGAAAAUGAUUAUUAGAAUGCUAAUCCCACUUGUUCAGGAAAAUGAUGAGGCAUUCUGUGGGGAAAUGAUUACUCUUAGUGUGUAAAUUCCUCCUUUACCUUACUUUGCUAAUAUCAUGGCAGAAUUUCUUACCCUUGUGAGGCGGUUGUUGAAAACGUUUUUCAUCCUUACAGCCCUAUUCCAUGGUAUUUAACAUACAAAAUAAUAAAACUGUUAACAGACUUUCUGCUGGGUAGCUUGUUUCUGUGAAUUGUUAUUUUUAGAAAGGCUUUCUAACAUGUUUCUUGUCACAGAUGAAGAUUUUUCAUUUCACUAGUUGUGUCUUGGGCUGGCACCAGUAAGGUCUCAGAAGAAAUAUAGUGUUUUCCACAUGUUUAAUGGAAGGUCAGAAACAGUUUGGUUGUGAGAUACAGGAUUAAUUACAAAGGCAGAUCUUUUAAAUUUCUCUUUUUCAACAUACUAUUGGGAUUUAUGAGACUUUCUUUUGUUCCCUUAUCUUUUUUUAGUUUUUGGUAUUUAUUUUUUAAACAAACAGUCAUUUUUGUUUGUUUCCUAGAAUUACACUAUAUGUAACAUUUGACAUUUUUCAUAUAAAUAUCCCAGCCUGAUUAUGACUGAACAGAUUUUCAUCAUUCUGUUUUGUGAGAGGAGGCUAAAACUUUGUCUGCAAGCGUCUUGGCACAGCUGCCUUUUAGUGAGGUGUUCUGCACGUGUUCUAGAAAUGUCAUUUUAUUGGACCUGAACUGCUUUUCAGCACUUAAUCCUUUGGCUUGUUUCAUUUCUGGUCUUUAUGUCAUGAGCAGAUAAUUUUAAAAGCACAAUAUCGCUAUUCUAAACCUUUAUCCAUCACAGGGAAUUAUUUUUAAACUGAUAUUCUGGGCGGCUUAUAACUGUAAGCAGAAUUUUGUAUAUUCUUGGAUAUGAUGCAGCUAAGCGUGUUAGAUCUUACGUAGCUGAGAAAUGUUCUAGCAAAAAUAUACAUCCUCUUGGUUGCCUUUGAUUCUUAGUGCUUUUUUAAUGGAAGAUGUAUGUAUAUCAUAUACUGUCACUGUUCUCUAUGAUAAACUUUUAUAAAACAUCUUGCAAUUUGCAAAGAAGAUGAUGAACAAACCACUGCUUGAUGUUUCACUUUAAAAGCAUGCAAAUACAGACAUUUUCUUUUUUUGUGUGUUCCGAUAUCUGCAUUUGAGUCUUCUCUGACUGUGGUGACUGGAAGAAGUAUACUCAAGUCUGGUUCUCACUUCACCGAUUCUGAAAUCAAUGACUCUUCAUACUGUGGUGUAUAAAUAGUAUGUCAGAAGAAAUCAUUUAUUCCUUAAAGGAAGUUGACCUUUGGAAGAUUACAGGAAAAAAGACUAAUGUAUAGGCUCUAACUUCUAGAUACAUUUUACUUUUUCUGUGUGGAGGAGAACAUUUUCAAAGAUAUGUUUACUGUUAAAAUAGUGUAUACUAAGGCUUGUAGUAAUGGCUACACAUUUUAGGCUUAGAGAACAGAUUGAAUUUAGAAUUUAUCCAAGGUGGACUCAACUUGGAAGCUUCAUAUUGGGAAGUAUCCUAUGUGAGCAUGAUCUUGUGCUGCAGAUUAUGAUGUUCCAAAGUCUACAGUCUGAUUAUUAGUAGAGCAUUAGGUUAUGAGGACCUAAUUAGAUAAUUUAGCAAGACAUACAUGUUAAGCAUCAAUAUUACCGAAUACGUCAAGGUGCACUUGGACAUCAUAAGCAGUAUGUGUACAGUGAGGUGCUCUUGCCUAUAUGGAUGCACUUCUGGUUUCUAAUCUUUCAUAACUGUAUAUAAAAUGUAACGCUAAACUAUUUUGGUCUCAGGAGUGACUUUGAAUGAUAUCAACUGUAUUCAGUGAAAUUAUGUAAUAUGGAUUAAAUUGUCUGUUCCUGAAA